AGCUGGCACCUUGCCGCUGUAGAAGAUCGGCCCGCGCCGCUGGAGCUAUGGCGCUCGCGAUGUGGCCAUCAGGUGAGAGGCAGGCAAACAUCAAUGUGGCAGAUGGACAGAAGAGUGCAGUGAUUUUAGCUUCAGAGGCAGCAAUGACUGAUCAAGUGAAUCGUGCCAGAGGUUCACAAGCAUUGGACAAGAGAGACAAGGUAGUGGAGAGGACAGAUGGGACAAGGCUAGGCGCAGCGGGCUUGGUGUGGGGUGAUAUCUUUCUUGGAGAGGAUGGAGGAGACGAUGGUGUUGUCAUUGUGGAUGGUGAAGUAUUGCCCGUCGAGGUACGGGCGCCAGACUGUGAGGGAGUAAAUCACGGCGAGGAGUUCCUUCUCGUUGGAGGGGUAAUUCAUCUCCGCGGGAAGGAGCUUCUUGCUUGCGAAGGCGAUGAGGUAUUCGCCAGCGUGUUGGCGGCGAUCGUUCCAAUUGAAGGGCUCGUCCUUGCGGGUGAGUUCGUGGAGAGGGUAAGAGAUAUCGGAAAAGUUGCGAAUGAACGGGCGGUAAUAGUUGGCAAGGCCGAGGAAGGAACGGAGUCGGAGGAGGGUCUUGGGUGGGGGGUACUGGACGAGGGUUGUGACCUUCGAGGGGUCCAUACGGAUGCCUUUAGUGGAGACAAUGUGGCCAAGGUAUUUGACGCUCGAAGCGGCAAACGUACAUUUGUUGAGCUUGGUGUAAAAUUUUUGCUCUCGGAGGAUCGAGAGGACUUGGCGGAGGUGCUGAAGGUGGGACUCGAAGGUGGGGCUGAAGACAAGGAUGUUGUCAAGGUAGACGACGACACAGACUUCGAGGAGGUUGCGGAAGAUGUGGUUCAUGGUAGAUUGGAAGGUAGCGAGGGCAUUGAGUUGGAGAGACAAUACCAGGACCUGACGCAACAGCAUGAGGAGUUGGCACAGCUCCGCUGCAUGGUGCAGAGCCACGAGGAUGCAACUCGGGCACUCAAUGCCCGAUUGCUGGACCUGGAACAGGCUGUACGAGGACCAGCUGCUGGGGCUUCCAGCAGUGCAUCCUCUAGCCGCCAACUGGAGGACCGCGUUGACCACGUAGUGGCAAUGCUCGGCGACAUCAGCUCUUUCGCUGCGCCGACCACCACCAUCAGCAGUCAGCUGCAUACAUUGAAGACCGAGGUCCAGCAGCUGCAGACCACGAACGCGGAUGGCAACCCGAAGAUGUAUAAGAUGCCAACUUUCAAUCUAGAGAGGUUCGACGACUACACGCAGCAGGAUCCGGUCCUCUGGUGGGAAGCAUUCACAACGCAACUCAGGAUUUUGCCCGUAGCCAAGCAUGCGUACAUCGGCGCCCUGUUCCUGAACUCAAAGGGCGGAUGCCAGACCUGGUUGAGCCACCUGGCAACCUCCCACGGCGUCGACGUACCAGACUUGAAGGACCAAAUCACAUGGGAGGAACUGACACGGCUGUGGAAGAAGCGGUUCAUCGUCGCCGACGCGCCGAUACUCGUCAUCAACCGUUUGUUCACCAUGUCACAGGGCAACAUUGCAACACGGGAUUGGCUCACAGAGUGGCAGAAGAUUGCGGCAGUGCCCAAUCUGGAGCUGCCUUUCACUCGUCUCAGACGUGGCUGCUGUCCAACCGCGAAGCAACAAGUCCCGCAACAAUGGGAAGGCGAAAUCCGCAUCGCAGGCCAGAAAUGGACAGCCAUGACAAUUUCCAUGGGUCAAGUUUGGCUUGACCAAGGCGGAGUACAAGGUCCGCGGCCGCUACGGCAGUUGUUACUGGUGCAAGAGCACCAAGCACAAGACCUCCCUGUGCCAAGAUCAGGGCAAGGAGGAUGUGCGACCCCGCCUCAGCUCGGGAAACUGAGCUCCACGGAAGGUGAGGCGACUCCACCUUUUACUCCGCCAGAUUCGACUGGCUUGCUAGCGGCCUCCUGCACAUCUGGGGAAGAUGCGAAUGUCGCAAGUCCUCGGUAUUCUUACGAGGAUUAUGCUGUCCACUUGGUUCCACUGCUGGACCAACCGCUCCACGUGCAACAGUCCACUGCAUGCACAGUUUCAUCACCAUCGGCAACCGAUUCGGCAGCUUCGUCAAAAUCUAUCGUCGGGGAUUCGACGUCAUGGUCAAGACUUGAAGAGCUCGACCCAUUGACGUUCACGGACUUCCAGUGGAUGCCCGUUCCCUCGACCGGACGAUUGCCAAAACCGCAUUGCAACGUGCUUAUGGCACAAUUGUGGGACUACUUGCACACUGCAGUACCAACGUCGUUGAUGGACGCCGGAGCAGAGGUUGUCGACCUUCCCGCUUACAUCGCGAAGAUUGACCGUGAGUUCAAGACGCAACGGUACGACAACAUUGACGCACCAUUGCUAUACAUACGCAUUCAGAUCGGAGAGGCGACCUGCAGCGCCUUGAUCGAUUGCGGAGCAUCUCGCAACUACAUUAGCCAGGACUUCAUGUUCUUCUCUAAGCUGGAUCUCAAGUCAGGGUACCACCAACUCGAGAUUCGCAAGGAGGAUCGCUACAAGACCGCGUUCAAGACACGGUAUGGGUAUUUCGAAUGGUUGGUCAUGCCAUUUGGCCUUACGAAUGCCCCAACCACUUUCCAAGCGGCUAUGACGACGGAGUUCCGACACAUGCUGGAUCGUUUCGUACUUAUCUACCUCGACGACAUUCUGGUUUACAGCCGGAGUCUGGACGAGCAUGUGGAACACCUGCGCACCGUUUUGGAGCGGCUACGACAGGUCAAGUACAAAGCAAACCGCGACAAGUGCGAGUUCGCACAGCAGGAGCUGGAGUACUUGGGACACUUUGUGACGCCGCAAGGCAUCCGUCCGCUUGCGGAUAAGAUCGAGGCCCUACGAGUAUGGCCCGAGCCCACCAACACCACAAACGUUCGUUCAGCCAUGGGGUUGGCGGGCUACUAUCAGCGAUUCAUCACCGGAUACUCCAGGAUUGCUGCACCUAUGACGAGGUUACAGUCGCCAAAGGUGCCAUUCGUAUUCGAUGACGACGCACGCCGGUCAUUCCAAGCACUUAAGACGACUAUGCUCAUGGCACCCGUCCUUAGCAUCUAUGACCCCACCCUGCCGACGCGAGUGACUACGGACGCUUCCGGCUAUGGCAUUGGGGCAGUCUUGGAACAGCACGAUGGCGACGACUGGCACCCUGUGGAGUAUUUCAGCCACAAAGUGCCUCCCAUCAACUCGCUUGAUGAUGCAAGGAAGGAGCUGCUCGCAUUCGUGAUGGCUCUCAAGUCGGUUCUUGUUCUGUUCUGCACGUUACAGUAUGCAACACUCGUGACCAGUAAGAGCGGCGAGAGGCACAUCCUCGUCAUAGUAGACAGGUUUCCUAAGUAUGCUAGACUGAUCCCCGUGCCAAAGACCACCAAAACAGAGCACAUCAUCAAGUUAUUCAUGGAUAACUGGGCUGUCAAGCACAUUAGAAAAUCUCAGGAGGCAAUGAUCACCUCUGAGAACACCACAUUUCAGGUAGGGGAAUGUGUCUGGGUAUGGGCUAGUGAACCAGGAGAGGCAGAGGCUAUAUUCCAACGAGCUGAGGCUACUGCUAGGGGUAUCCAACGAUUGGCGGAAGCAAUUGGAGCUGAAGGUGGCAAUGAGGCAGCAUCACUCCGGAUUGCAGAGUUGUAUUUGUCUGCAUUCAGUAAGAUAGCAAAAGAGGGAAAUACUAUGCUGCUGCCGAGCAACAUGAAUGAUCCGGCAGGUAUGGUUGCACAAGCAAUGGCCGUCUUCAAAACGAUCAAUCAACGAGCUAUGCCGCCGUCUCCUCCCCCACCUGGGGGUAGUUCUGCACCUUCAAGGACAAGAGUAGGAGAACGCUCAGACGAAGUGAUGUUGGAGGGUAGCAGUGAGGCAUCGUCAAGACUCAAACGCGAUAGUGAGAGGAAGACUGAGAAUGCCAAUGUACGGCUCUCAGCAUCCUCAAGGGGUGUUCCAGAGGGAGAGUUUGGAGGUCAGCUUCAAGCGAGUGGCAGAAAUAUGCCUAGGUGGGACAGUGACCGAACGGGGCAUCUUAACCAUGGUCGAUUCUCUCUCCAGAACGGCAAUUCGGUACCAGGAGGAGAUUGGCUCUCGGGUUCUGUACACUAAAAAGGGGACUGGCCACUGUCCCAUGGCAGUCAGUGAGUGUGGAUGCCAAUUCUCUGAGUGUCCUGGCCUGCGAGCUUGUUCUUUUUUUGCCCCUUAAAGGUUUAUCUCAAUAUUAGAUUCCCUCUUCCUUGAGCAGGGGCUGUCCAAGUUUUAGCUGGUGCUCUUGCACAUUGUGAGUAUGCUGUCUUGCACACACACGAAUGUGAAUGUGCCAUUGCACAGAUUGUGUCCGUGCACUGUCCUUGUUGAUGCCAUUUGUCUGUGCCUGUUCUCUUGAGGCUGUAAUGUUCCUCCCUUCUCUUUGCAGGUGUCAAACCGAAUGUUUCUACGACAGGUGUUUCUUCCCUCUGCUCCCUAAUGCUGCUCACAUCCAGCAUUCCGAGUGCUGAUGUUCGUGUGGACACGGUGAAAUUCUGGCAGCACUUCUUGCGCUUAUCCCUGAGGUUUUGGUUUGAGCGCUCCUGGUUUCAAUGUUGGAAUGUGCCUACUUUUUCUUGCUGUAAUUUGUUGUGUGGAUGGUGUUCGUUAAACCGCCAGUACAUUUCCCGGCUCAAAAACCCGCCUCCGAGCGUGCCGGAAGGGCGCUUCACAGGCUCGGCAGAGCUUCAAUGUGGAAAACCUCCAAGCAGGCAGCAUGCUAUUACCGUAUCUGGGAAAUGACGGAAAAUGACGGGGGGAAAAAAUAAAAAGGUCUGGCACAUCCAAGAGACGAUGUGAUUCCUCUGGGCCAAGCACUAAAAAAGGGAAAAAAGAGAAUUGAGAGUCGCAGUGCACAUACCUGGACAGCGCCAAGUCCAGAAACACAUUUCCAACUUUGAAGAUAUCUGAAGGCCGUAUCAUUCAAUCUCCGCUGACAGCGGAACAAUAGACGCUGACAGUGGAACAAUGGUGGCUGACAGCAGAACAGCAUGGUCAUAUGCGCGGUGUAUCCCGUGUUCCAGCGGAAUAUUCAUUCUCAUUUUGUACCCUUGGUGAGCACAGGAGCAAGGCAUCAGCCCGUCCCUUUUGUUUCGUUUUUUCUUGCCCCUCUGAAGUAUGACAAUAGCGACGUAUCUUUCCAUGUUCUUGUGGAAGAUUCAUCACUUUUUGCGCAACUGGUGAGAAGCCCUCAGCCUGUUUUUGUUUUCUUUUCCAUUUUUAAAAAUUUUACCCCCUUUUUAUCUUUCUCUGAACGUUGGAGUGCUCUUCUCUCAGCUCCCAACAGCACGACCAACACCACCCCUCAUCUCGUUUUCCUUUUUUUCUUUUUUUCAAUGCAGCCGCAGCUCUAUUUUUGGGCUGCCGUCCCACAGCAUAGGGCACUGGGCGCGGACUGGCUCAGCAGGGGCAACUCAAGGGUACUGGUGGUUUAAAUUCAUACGAAGAUCU